AUGUUGUCUUUCCUUUUUUUCUUCUUUUCCUACUGUCUUAUAUUAAUUACUGAAGAAAUAACUUUUUUUUUGUCUUUUUUUUCUUUCUGUCUUAGUUCUUAUUUAGAAAUAAUGUUUUCUUUCUUUGUUUUUUCUUUCUUUAUCUCUCUUUCCUUUCCUUUCUUUAUUUCAUUUUCUUCUUCUUUCUUUCCGUCUUAUUUCAAAUUUCUAAAGAAAAAUGAUUUUUUUUUCUCUCUCUUUCUUUCUUUCUUAAAAAUAACGUUUUUGCUUCUUUUUCUUUCUUUCUAUUAUCUUUUUUCCUUUCCGUCUUAUUUCUUAAACACUGAAGAAAUAAUGUUUACAUUCUUUCUUUCUUUCCUUCAUUCUUUCUUUCUUUCUUUCUUUCGACCUUCUUUUUUUCUUCUUUGUUUUUUCCCUCCUAUUACUGAAGAAAUAAUGUUUACAUCCUUUCAUUCGUUCUUUCUUUCAUCUUUCUUUCCCUCCUAUUUUUUAAUUACUGAAGAAAUGAUGUUUACUAUCUUUCUUUCUUUCUUUCUUUCUUUCUUUCUUUCUUUCUUUCUUUCUUUCUUUGCCUCUUAUUUCUUAAUUACUGAAGAAAUGAUGUUUACAAUCUUUCUUUCUUUCUCUCCUUCUUUCUUUCUUUCUUUCCUUCCUUCUUUCUUUCUUUCUUUGCCUCUUAUUUCUUAA